AUGAACCAAAUAUCCGAGUAUCCUCCGAAGAAGUUCGGCCAUCGUCGCGUGGCCAGCGAUAGCCUGCAGGGCUUUUGUUUCGGCAGCGGCGGCAGCGGGGCGGGGAGCGACGCGAUACUGUCGGACGACAUGGACGUGGUGGCGGCGGCGGCGGGAAAGGGCGUGCACAUGGGGAGCGCCAUGGAGCACGCGCUCUUCGCCGACAUGGUCGACAUGGGCGGCCUUGGAGGCACUGCCUCGCUCGCUAACCCUUCUGCUGCUGCCGCUGCUGGCGGUGCUGCCGGAGGGGGCACGUCGUAUCAGGCCGGCCAUCACCGCGCGGACAGCGCGGGCAGCGGAGGGGCCGCCAGCAGCAGCGGAGGCGCGGGAGCGGUUGGCGGGUCGGCUGGCGGAGGUGGUGGCGUUGCGGGCGGGGGCAGCUGGGCUAGCGGGAGCCACGGCGGCGGUUACGGCGCGCAAGGUGGCGGGCAGACGGGGGCAGUGGGGGGCUAUCAUGGCGGGCAUGCGGGACAUACCGCAGGGGCGCGCGGGGCUCCAGGCGGCAGCGGUGGCGGCGGAGGGCACUCGCGGAGCUUUUCCGUGGACGACGCGUUCAUGUUCAAGGCGGGCCCCAUUCGGGACUCGCUGAGCCCCAUCUGCAGCCCGCUCAACGGCAGCAGCCCUCUGCGCCGGGGCGGGCGGCGCGCGGACGGCGGGUUGUCGAUAAAGGACGAGGUGGACGAGCUGGACGACGAGGACGCCGUGCGGCGCGUCAUGGCCACCAAGAAGACGGCUGCUGACAACGAGGUCAUCGACGCCAAGAAGGCCAAACGCAUAUUGGCGAACCGGCUGUCAGCGGCGCGGUCCAAGGAGCGCAAGACGAGGUACAUCAUGGAGCUGGAGGAGAAGCUCGCCGCGUACGAGAAGCAGGCGCACGCACUCAAGGCCACGCUCUCCAUCCUGCAGAGGGAGACGACAUCACUGGCAGAAGCGAAUGAUGGCAUGACGAAGAAGCUGCAGCUGCUGGAGCAGCUGUACCAGCAGAGCGAAGUGGAGAACAAGCACUUGCACGACCAGGUGGAGAUGCUGCGAACAGCAGCCGGCUUGCCACCACUCUCCCAGUUCCCCAACACUGCUGCCGCCUCCAAUUCCCUUGCUCUUGCUACUGCUGCUGCCGGUGCCCAAGGGCCGCCCUCCCCGCUCUCCCCCCACCAGCCCGCAGCUUCACUUGAUGCUCUUCAUUAUGGUUGA